AUGCGCCCAAAAGAUCGGGAGAAUUUUAAGCGAUUACAAGAGCAAGAAGGGGACAGCCAAGCCUACAACUUCGUUGUAGAGGUGAUCAGGAAAGCAUUCGAUGUUGCAAACAAUGGGCAAGACGAACAGGAAGCGUUUGAAAGUAUCAAGGACGCCUACUCUGACAUGAAGCAGCAAGAUAAAAAGACACUUUUGCGUUUCUUCAAGAAAUUCGAUGGAGUUUUCAGCAGAGAUCAUGGUGGUGAUCCCGAUAGUUCCGAGAAAGAGGAUAUUCCAGGUCAGUUCCGCUUUCUCUAUUUGAUGAUGAACCAUUUAUACAGAUACGAUAUGGAGAGCAUCACGCUUAGAUUCAAGAUUAGUGAUAUUUUCGAAACGGGAAUGACAUGUGAGGCGCAAAUAAGAUAG